CAAGAAACCAAACCGUGACGCAGCGCAGCCAUGGGGAAGCAGCUCUGCGACAUGCACCGCUCGCGCCGCCGCGCCCGCAUCGUCGCCGCCGCCCUCCUCUCCGCCUUCGCCGCUGCUGCCGCCGCGCUCACGGUGUACCUCGUCUUCCGUCCGCUGAAGCCGCAGGCCUCCGUGGUGCGCGUCGCCGUGUACCGCAUGGCCACGGCCGCCGGGAACUCCUCGGAGGGGCGGGCCCCGCCGCCGUACACGCUCGCGGCGAGCGCGCGGUUCACGGCGCUGCUGCACAACCCGAGCGACCGCGCCGUGGUGUUCUACGACGGCCUCUUCGCCUACGUGACGUACCGCGGGGAGAUGGUGGCGCCCCCCGCGCCGCUGCCCGGGGUGGCACAGGGCCGCGGCGCCGACGUGGCGCUGUCGCCGCAUUUCGGCCUUGGCGGCGCGGUGCCCGUGCCGGUGUCGGCAGACGCGGCGCAAGCGCUGGAGGGCGACUGCGCGGCGGGCCGCGUGGAGCUACGCCUCGUCGUCAUGGGCCGGGUCAAGUACAUGAGCGGGCCAUUCAGGACCGGAUGGCGCGGGCUAUACCUGCGCUGCGAUGUCACCGUCGGCCUCUGGGUGGACGCCACCGCGGGCGACGACGGAGCCGGGGACGUGCCACUGCUCGAGUACCCCAAGUGCUCCGUCGACGCUUGAGUUGAUCCUUGAUCGGCGCAAUGCAUGAGCGCUCAGAUGAUCAGAUUUUCAGAAUUCUGGUGGAGAAUAAGGAAUUGGGAAAAACAUUUU